GUUAUCAUUGAAGAAAAGUGUGUUUUCGUGAAAAACAGUGAAAAGAACUGAAAAUAAGUUUAUUUCGAAAGCGUUUCUCUCUUUCUCACGAUUCGAUGCAAUCGCAUGUUUUGCGCCAAAACUCUGUUCCAAACUUUGCCUCCAAUUAGGCGUCGAAUGUCUACACGUUUUGCUCGUCGUCUGUACUGAAGGCCAGAGACGCGCCAAACGGCCGCUGAAUGAACGCAAACGUCGUCGAUAUCGGCGCCAAAGCGUCCGGCGGUUGGACUCAAAGCAAUGGCGCAAGACUGGAGUUCCGCCCGAAAUACGCGGUCACGAGA